UUUUUAUUUAUUAUUAUUCCGCACUACUUAUUACAGUAGGGUUUAUGCUUUAUAAGUUUGUCGCUCUUCCUCAUUCCUUUAUGAACAACUAUGGCUAAACACAAAGAAAAGAAGACGAAGCUAGAGGACCAAAACCCUAGCGAAGGAGAAGGCAAAAUGUACGAUGAUGAAACACAAAACUCCCAACACCAAGAUAUUGACGAAGGAAAAUCGAUUAAGAAGAACACGAAGAAGAAGAAGAAGGAGAAGUAUACUGUGACAAUGGAAGCAAUCGCUGAAAAUCCUAAUAACAUUUCUCCGAUUGUUGGUUAUUUUCCGUCAGGUUAUGACCCUUUAAGGAACAACAACGACGGUGUUGAGGAAUUGAGUACUAAGUUAUAUAGGAAUGCUAAGAGAAGUAAUCGAUUACAGCUUGUGGUGAGCCCUAAUGGGUCGCAGGUCGAUUUUGUUGGGACUAAUUAUUCUGGCGAGGCGACAUCGGCUCAGUUGUGUACUUACUCGCUUGGGGUACUGGAUAAGGAAACCCAAACUCUCAAGAUUGUUCCUAUUGCAGGAAACAAGAUAAUUAGGUUGGAACCUAGAGUUAGAGGGUCAGAAGUACCGGAAACAGAAGAUCCAGAUACGGCCAAGCAAGAACUCACUGUAGAAGAGAGGAAUGACAAAAUGAGAGAGUUAACUCAAAUGUACUCAUCAAAGAAGUCUAUACGACAGGCUAGGAAGCUUGAUUCCCUACGUCAACAAGAAGAUACUGGAAAUCAAGAGGAAUUUGACAGGAAUAUAGCCGGGGCAAUAAACAAAGAGGCUCUUGAAGUAGCUGUUACAAUAGACAGUGCUCGGAAUGUACCACCUCAUGAUCUAGAUGCCACGACACCCGAGUUGGCAUAUCCACUAGACAGGAUUAUUUCCAAAGGAGAGUGGGAUUAUCUUUUGGAUGUUUUUAAACUCACGGAAGCUGGAGCAGAAAUGACACCUGAUCUUUAUCCAAGCUUUGUUUGCAACAGAUCCUACAAAUUGGAACAUAUACAGGACGAAGAUGAAAAGAAAAGGCUGGCAGGCAUAUUUUCAUUCAUUACUCAUCUUGUUAAGUUCAAGGAUAAACAUUCUAUGGAUGGUGUAUCAUCAGCAAAGCAUCAAAAGAUUCCUGGCAUCUUGUUCCAGAAGUUCUCUUCAAUGUUUGCUAUUUCAGAUUCAAAAAGGCUGCCGGAAGAGAAAAAAAAUCUUCUUAUCAACUAUGUGUUGGUGCUUACUCUUUUUGCUGAUGAUUUUCGUAGUGAUCCUUCUGAUAUAGCCAAAGAUUUGAGAAUGAAUGCUGUAGCAUUGCGGCCUUACUAUGAGUACUUAGGUUGCAAGUUUGUUCAUGAGAAAAAGGUACUGUUGGCUACACUUCCUGUUCCACUUGUAUUUCCAAGUCUAAGGAGGAAGAGAAGAGGAAGGUAGAUUCACUUUUAUAAGUAACCUCAGACAUUGAGAGCCGAUGAAAUGCAAUGCAUUCUCAGACCCUGUUGUCAUAUUUGUUUGCCAUCAAUUUUGAAUACCUAUUUAUUGAAAGUUGAAACUUGAGUUUCUUAUAUGAAGAGUUGUAAUGCAUGGUCUAUAUAUCACAUUUGAUUUGCAGUUUCUCUCA